AAAAGUCGAAAGCAAAAGUGCGAAAGUGCGAAAUUGAAGCUCAAUGGCGGAGGAAUGUGCUGAUAGCUGAAGCCAGUGAAUCAUCUUUUCUGCAACUGCAACCGUCUGUGAAAUAACUACAACGUAAUUUAGUUUGAGUGUUUGAGUGACAGUGACUGAUUAUCUCAUAGAGUACAGCAAGCUGGUUUGAGUUUGAGAACUAUUAUUAAAUUAACAAUUUUCAUUUCACGAAACGGCACCGGCACCGGCCAAUGUUUGUGUUGGUGAUGUAAUGUAAAUAACUUGCAGUGAUAUGAUAAGCAUCCAGGGAGCAGACUCGAUGAAUAACAAAGUGAUCAACAUUGUAAAGAUUCUCCCAAUAUCUUCCCCAUCUAUGUCAAGUAUUAUUUAAGAGUUGCGCACAUCUAGUUCUCUGAUAAGUGUGAUUGGCUGGUUAGGAAUAUUUACCUACCUAACUCCUACUCUCUGCUGGCAACGAAGCUGUACAGUAUUGCCGUGCUUCUAUGCAAGAUGAAAAGGAAGAAUCCUCACCUUUGAACUCAGUUUAAAAGUGGAUGUUUUAAAGAAAUUCUAUGGACCUCAUUGUCGGUUUUUGCAUGUAAGUUUUUGAAAAUACUGUUUUGUUCACCCUCUUUUCUAUUAUGCACCAAAAUCAAACAACUCUGUAACCAUGGCUGAUUUCCGAAUAAAACGAUUGACUAAUUUAUUUUAUGAUGUGGUGAAAGGCAAAAAAACAGUCAACUCUAACAAUGCAAACCUCUUCUUAGAAGCCGUCACUCAUCAGUCAGGAGCAGUUCAAAUCCUCUCCCGCAUAGUUGCUAGCGAGCAUGCUCUUCAGGGUUUGCUGCUCGCUUUUAGCUCAGAUACGUCUCUGGAAUUUUUGAAUGGUCCCCUGACCUCUUUUUUAAUGUACAUCAAGGACCCAGAACUGCAGACUCUCUGUGGGGGUGCUGUUGUACGGAAACUUGUGGGAAAGCUAAUGGAAGCUCCAUUGACUUUCAAAAGUUUUGUCAAAGAAGCUAAAAGUCAAACUUUAAAUGAAAAAGCUCUCUGUGCAUUCGCAUGGCUAUUACUACAACUGCUUACACUGCCAACAGUUGAAGCAAUCAGUUAUCUGCCUGUUGCUGAGGAUCCAGCCAUUCAGAGAGCUUUAAUAAACUCGACUGGGACAUCUUCAUAUGAAACCAGAACCCUCGGUCAACGAAUUAUCAAAAUUGCGAACACAUUAGCUGGAAGUUCGACCUCCAAGAAUGUAUCACUUGGACAACAAGGUCCUGGUGGCAGACACGAUAAUGACUUUGCUGAGAUUCACAACAUUUCCAUCUAUCCAACAUCUGACGAGUUGAGGACAAAAUCUCCAUUCUUACCCAGGGCAUGUGAUGUGCAACAAAGAGCACACGAAUCCGAUGGCCUGGCCAAUCAUAUCGAUUGGCAGUUUCGACUUUUAAGAGAAGAUAUGUUACGUGAUUUGCGUGAGGAGCUUGCGAUGUGGGGACAGCCCAAAAAACGUAGGAGACUUUUGGUAAUUGAAAACCUGUCUAUGGCUGGUAUUCAAUGUGAUCAACGUACCUUUUGGUCGCUGAUGCUCCGCUGUCGAGAUGAACUGCCACCAUUUAAAAAUCUAAAACCAAAUGAGCGUAAGCAGUUUCUCAAAGAUAAUCCUAAAUUUUUAAGGAAUGGCUUCCUGGCGUGCUUAUUUGUCGGGAACGAUUUUAUUACACUGGGCACGCUAGUACGCGAUGAAAAUUUACUAACCCAACUUCCAACGGUACUUUGCAUCCAACUUCCACCCAGUGGUAUAGAAAAAGUCUUGCUGCAACUCAAAGAAGCCAGCUCAGGUAUCCGUCUUCUACAGGUUGACACGGCAAUUUUUUCUUAUGAACCAAUUUUAACACAGUUGAAAGAAAUGCGAGAACUUUCGCUGGGUCAAGAAAUUGUUGCGUGGAAAGUUGGGGAUCCAGUCCCACCACCAGAUUACAAUCUUAGUGAGGAGUUGUUAGACUUGAUGGAACAUCUUUAUAUUGAUUGUUCCCAUGACUUGCAGUCUUAUCUAAGACUGCAAAAUUCCACCAAGCUGGAUCAAGCGCAGGCAGAAUGUUUCCUAACAGCCCUUCAACAGAAAGUGACGGUCAUACAAGGACCUCCUGGAACUGGUAAAUCUUUCAUUGGAUCUUUAAUUGGUAAAGCAAUAUACCAAUGGAGUACUGAAAAGAUAUUAAUUGUUUGUUAUACUCAUCAUGCUUUGGACGAGUUCGUCAAAGACCUUUUAAACUUAGGUAUCCCUGACCAGGAAAUCGUUCGUCUUGGUUCAGUCCACAAAGCUAAACAGCAGACGAAGUCGUUAGCUUUGAAAGAGUUGCGUCAAACCAUGAAACUAACUCGUGAACAGUAUAACAUGAUAAGUGCCAAAAAAUUGGAUGUAACGAAGUAUGGUAAUGACCUCUAUAGAGCCUUUGGAGAAUUCGCCCAGUUCAACCCCAAUCAUCGAGACCUACUGGGAUUUUUAGAAUUUGCGGAUGAAGACCUCCCAUUUUUUAGUGCCUUUAAAGUGCCUGAAGAUGAAGAUGGCUACACCUUUGUCACAAGAUCUGGGGAUAAAGUCAACGAUUUGUACUUGGUUCAGCGUUGGGCUAAUGGCCAAGAUGCUGGUAUUUUCAGAGAUAAAAUACCACGCUACUGUCGUGAAGUCUGGAGCUUACCAAACGAUGUACGCUUUCAAAAGUGCCGGCAAUGGUACCAGGAGCUGGCUAAAGAACGAGCUAAACAGGUACGAGAAACUGGCAACUUAUAUAAUGACAGUAUUGGAGAGGUGGAUAAAAUCCUUUUGGAAAAAGAUCUUGCGGUAAUUCGUAGUAAAAGAAUUAUCGCAUGUACCACAACUGCAGCUGCAAAGUACAGUGAGGCCAUCCAAUGUAUCUCACCGGGAGUUCUUCUCGUUGAGGAAGCAGGAGAAAUACUCGAAAGUCAUGUACUAACCGCUCUCGGUCCAAGCACCAAACAUCUCAUUCUUAUCGGUGAUCAUAAACAACUGCGACCGAAAGUUAGUUACGAGCUGAGUGUCGAAAGAGGCCUAGGAUAUGAUUUAAAUAGAUCAUUGUUUGAAAGACUCAUUUUGAAAGGGUUUCCACACCAUACUUUGUAUGCUCAACAUCGUAUGAGACCGGAAAUCUCAGCUUUUGUUAGAGAAAUGACGUAUCCAGAACUGAAAGAUGCGAAAGAUACUGAGGGAAGGCCAAACCUUCGUGGGUUUACUGAUAAUAUAAUCUUUGUGAACCACAGUGAAUUAGAGACAGAAUUAACUGGAUUCCGAGAGUUGUGUGAUUCCACAGCAACGUCUUCAAAACAAAAUCGGUUUGAGGCCAACAUGACCCUCAAGUGUGUGAGAUACCUCGGCCAGCAAGGCUACAGGUCUGAUGAAAUUGUAGUUUUGACACCCUAUCUAGGUCAGCUUAGGCUACUGUAUGAUGUUCUAAAAGCCUUUAAUGAUCCUGUUUUGAAUGAUCUUGACUCACAUGACUUAGUUCGUGCAGGUCUAAUGCCAGAUGCAUCUGCUCAGAUUAGCAAACCCGGACUGCGGAUUUCGACCAUCGACAACUUCCAGGGAGAAGAAGCGAAAAUCAUUGUUGCAUCCCUUACAAGAAGCAAUGCAAGCAAUGAUAUAGGUUUUAUGUAUGCACCAGAGCGUCUCAAUGUCCUUAUCUCCAGGGCAAGGGAUGCUUUGAUUUUAAUAGGCAAUGCUGAGCAUUUCAUGGGCUCUCGUAAAGGCGGUGAUCUAUGGACAAGGUUCAUUGGAAUGUUAAAAGCUGGCAAUCAUGUUUACGAUGGCUUCCCAGUUCAUUGUGAGCGGCACCCUGAUCGCAGCGCCCUUUUGAAGAAACCAAUCGACUUUGACCUCGAAUGUCCAGAUGGAGGCUGUAAAGAGCCGUGCGACAAAACUCUAAAUUGCGGCAUUCAUAAAUGUCCUGACAAGUGUCACCUGCUGCAUGACCAUUCGAAAAUCAAGUGUACGGCAAAUGUGACUUCUAAGUGUCCCAAAGGACAUGUCAACAAGCGAAGAUGUCAUGCCCAGAAGCCUGAUGUUUGCAAGAAGUGUGAUAUUGAAGAAGAGAAGGCACGCAAAGCAGCCGAUCGAAAAGUGAAGGAACAAGAAGAAGAAGUAAAGCAUUUAUUGAAGAUGGCUGAUCUUGAUCUUGAGAUCCAACGGAUAAAAGAUGAAGCUGCUCUAAAGGAGGCUGAAAAACAAAGGGAAGCUGCAUUAAGACAGAAAGAAAAAGAGCUUCAACUGGCGAAAGAAAUGGCUCAAAAAAAAUUAGCCUCAAACAUCAAUCAGCAGAGCACCCCAGCACCUGUAAAUCAAUCAGUUGGAGCACCAUCGGCCCCAGUUGCGGCAGGUACUGGUCAGCCGCAGCCUAAAUCGAAACCAGGACCUUUAAGUGGAGCGGAAGCAGAUUGGGAAAGACAGAAGAAACUCGAAGGUGCCUCUAAUGAUGCCAUUGAUGCUCUGAUGAAAUUAACUGGACUUGAGGCAGUGAAGGAAAAGAUGCUAGAUAUCAAAACAAAGAUAGAGACAGCUGCGCUGCAAGGCACAGAUGUUAAAAAAGAGAGGUUUAGCGUGACAAUGCUUGGUAAUCCUGGCACUGGUAAAACAACUGUCGCUAGGAUAUAUGGUCAAUUUCUCGCCUCGGUCAAUGCCAUUCCUGGUGCAGAGUUUGUGGAAAUCACCGGCGCAAGUCUUGCAAAUGAUGGUGUCGCCGGGGCAAAAAAGAAAAUACAGGAGCUCGUGAAAGCUGGAGGAGGAGUAUUUUUCUUGGAUGAAGCGUAUCAACUUGCAAGUGGUAACAACUACGGUGGUGCAGCCGUUUUAGAUUACCUUCUUGCAGAGAUUGAAGAGCAGCGUGGAACUAUCGUUUUUAUUCUUGCUGGAUACAAAAAAGAGAUGGAGAAAUUCUUCGAACAUAACCCAGGCUUUGCGAGCCGAGUACCUCACCAACUCGAUUUCGUAGAUUAUUCUGAUGAAGAUCUCUUAAAGAUGCUGGGAAAAAUGAUAGAAACCAAAUAUAAUGGUCGAGCAAAGUUAGAAGGAGGUCUUGAUGGACUUUAUGCCAGAAUUUUGAUAAAACGCCAAGGUAGACAAAGAGGAUCAAGGAAUUAUGGGAAUGCAAGAGAUCUCGAAAAUACAUGGGCCCGCGUAACAGAGAGACAGGCUGCUCGAUUUAGGAAAGAACGAAGAGAGGGUGCAAACUUCGAUCCCCUUUUGUUUACAAAGGCUGACAUCAUUGGGCCAGAGCCUUCAGAUGCCGUGAAAAAUUCAGCUGCCUGGCGGAAACUUCAAGAACUAAUCGGGUUAGAAUCGGUGAAAAGAGCGGUUGCCGGUUUCGUCAAACAAAUCGAAGUUAAUUAUGCCCGAGAAUUGGCGGAGGAGGAACCUCUACAGGUGAGUCUUAAUCGAUUGUUUCUCGGAUCUCCUGGUACAGGAAAGACAACAGUAGCCAAACUUUAUGGUGCAAUCCUAGCCGACCUAGGCUUGCUGUCGAAAGGGGAGGUAGUGUGCAAGGGUCCAGCAGACUUUGUUGGUGCUGUGCUAGGAGAGUCUGAAAAAAACACUAAGGCUAUCCUUGCAGCCUCUACAGGUAAAGUUCUCUUGAUCGACGAGGCGUAUGGACUGUCACCUGUUACUGGAAAUAUCGGUUCUAGCGGUGGUGGUGACAUCUACAAGACAGCGGUCAUCGACACGAUUGUCGCUGAAGUCCAAAGCACACCUGGAGAAGAUAGGUGUGUAUUACUUCUGGGGUACACUGAUCUUAUGAAAGAUAUGCUUAAAAACGCCAAUCCAGGUUUGAAGCGGCGGUUCCCCUUGGAGUCAGCAUUUGUAUUCGAAGAUUAUGACGAUGAGGCGCUCCGCAAGAUUUUGGAGCAGAAACUAAAAGCUCAAGGUCUAAAAGCAACUGAUAAAGCCAAAGAUGUUGCCAUAAAUUUACUUUCACGUCUUCGAGAUCAACCCAAUUUUGGGAAUGCAGGAGAGGUAGAGAACCUCCUCUCUAGAGCCAAAGAUAAUUGGCAAAAAAGACAAAUGGAUAAAGAUAUUACUGAUUCCGUCAUCUUUGAACCGGAGGACUUCGACGAGAAACACGACAGGGCUCAAAAAUCAGACUUAAGUGUCAAAGAAUUAUUUUCGGACAUUGUUGGCCUUGAACAGCUGAAGGAUAAACUAGAGGGUUAUCAAAAGAUGACCGUGAAUCUGAAAAGGAGAAAGAAGGAACCGCGAAUGUUCAUCCCCUAUAACUAUGUAUUCAAAGGACCGCCUGGAACAGGUAAAACAACAGUCGCUAGGCGGAUUGCUCAGUUUUAUUAUAAUAUUGGCAUCCUACCCACAAAUGAGUACACAGAUUGUUCAGCAGCUGAUCUCGUUGCUGCUUAUGUUGGUCAGACUGCCCUCAAAACAAAGGAGACGCUAAGGUCAGCGUUAGGGAAAGUGUUGUUCAUUGAUGAGGCAUAUCGUUUAGCAGAUGAUCAUUUUGGGAAAGAAGCUAUCAAUGAGAUUGUUGACUGCCUGACUAAACCAGACUUUAUUGGUAGGAUAGUUGUAAUUUUGGCCGGUUACACAGAUGAUAUGAACCAGUUUCUGAAGGUCAAUCCGGGACUUGCGUCAAGAUUCCCAGAAGAAGUUUUCUUUGAAAGCAUGCAACCCAAGCAGUGCAUUGAAUUACUACACAGUCAAUUAUUAAAAUCUGAUCUCGAAGUAGAAACUGAUAUCUACACUCCAAAUGUUCCAGGAUAUCGUCGGAUUUCCGAACGCUUCUCAGAAUUAAGGAAGCUUCCAUCAUGGGGCAAUGGACGCGAUGUUAUUACAUUAGCCAAAAAGAUUGUUGGCACAGCCUUUAGAAAUGCCGAUCCCUCAAUUGCUACAAUAAAAGUAACUUCGGCAGAAGUCCUGCAGGCUCUAAAUGCAAUGCUGGUCGAACAAACGGCGCGCUCUAUGCCAAAUACUUCAGUUCGCAAUAUUCAGAAUAAACCGUUUAAUCUCCCUGUUCAGUCGCAAAAUAAUACAUUCGCACCGCCCAAAAUCACCACCUCGUCUAGUGUGAAAACUGCUUGUCCUACAGCUUGCCCACCUCCCGAGCCUGAAGAAGAAGUCAGCUUGGUAAAGGCAAAGAAACAAUCUGACGGUCGUGACCCUGGAGUAUCAGACGCAGUCUGGCAGCAGCUUCAACUCGACAUGCAAGCGCAAAAGAAACGGGAAGAACAAGCGCAAGCUGAAAUCCAGCAACAGGAAAAAAUGUUGCAGGAGGCACAACAGAAGUUGAAGGAAGCCUUGGAGCAAUUCAAACUUGAAGCAGAAAAAGUCGCAGAAAAGGUAAGAGGUGAAGAGGAAGCUCGACGUUUGCAAGAGCUGGAGAAAGCCAGAAUCCGCGCUAUCCAACUUAAACGAGCUCAAGAGGAAGAAGAACGUCGGUUACAAGCUCUGCGAGAGGCACAGCAGCGUGAACGCCAACGAGAGCAAGAAGCACAGAAGAAACUGAGACAAAUGGGUGUUUGCCCCGUAGGAUAUCGAUGGAUCAAACAAUCCAGUGGAUACAGGUGUGCUGGAGGAUCUCACUUUGUAUCGGAUCAACAGUUGGGUUUUUAAUACCUUAAAGAGGCUAGAAGAUGUGUAAAGUUGUAUUUUGUAAAUAUUUCCACAGACCUAAGUUGCUUAUUGUACUUUACAUGAGGAUUAAGCUAUGACACCUUUCUAAAAUAAAAAGUCUUAAGUAUGUUAUAAUUUUUGGUUUAAUUACCAUCCUGAGAAAAUGCUGAGAAAUGCUGUACAUUAAUGAGGUUUUCCAUGAAAUCAUCCGAAGUAUUACGCCAGAAUACUGACCUUGAUUUACUCAAUAUAUUUGAAAAAUGCAGUUACUUGAUGUUGGUGCCUUACUCUUAAAUGUCUAAUUCGUGUUUCUAAUAUUACAUAGACUAUAUAAAAAGAUGAAAGAUUAGACUUUGUCUUUAAAAUUUUGAAAAUUUUGUAAAGAGAUACUUUGCCUGAAGUCUCAUUGAUAUUCAGGAUUAUUCGUGAUUUUUUAUAGAAUUAGUGAUGAUUGUGCUCACAUCUGAGAUUAUUUUGUUAGAUUAAGUUUUUACAUAGGUAUGUGUUUCUGACAUCUGGAGGUGCUCAUGUUUUUGUUUUCCUGGUUAAAGUUGUCCAUGAUAAAACCAGCCUUAAUAUUUCCCCUUUUUCUUUUGUUCCUUUUCUUUCUCUUAUGGAUGUAAAGAAAUUAAAGUUUUUACCCAACAAAAUGUCAUUAAGACACAAUAAAUGUUGAAUCUUCACUAGCUGUAAUGAAGGCCACAUGUUGUCUAGCUUUUUGUAAUGGUCUGGCAGCCUAAACCUGAAAUGUACUUUUGAAAGUUCUUACUCAAAUCCCAUUCAGUAAAAAUAAAAUUUUUCUGGAUGGAUAGCUAUUAAAUACUAUUUGCCAACAAGAUUUUCGGAGGCAUGGGCAUGUAUGUUGAAAAAUUAUUCAAAGAAUCAUCCUUAAGAAAACAUAAUCCAUCCAUCUCCUAUAUCCUGUAUUCAAGCUUUUGUGCUCAGAACCAAUUCCUUUGUCUCGACCAUUUUGUGACUGAUAAAAAAUUGCUUAGAAAUGUUAUGCAUCAUGAAUGCGUUGCAGAUUUUUUUAUUGCAUCAAGUAUAAUUUGCAUUUUUUCAUUGCCAUGUUGUUGUUGUUGGUUUUUUUUUUUCAGUCAAGAAAUCUUAAUGGAUUCGUAUUUCCAUUCUGUGUGUCUUUUUUGUGACCAGGUUCAUGUUAUGACUGAAAUACUGAAAAACUGUUAGAAAUGUGCAUCAUGAUUGUGCCACACAGCUAUUUUACUUAAUUAUCAUUUUUGUCAUUUCAUCGAUAUGCUUUUUCAGUAUUUAAAUGGUAAUGCUAUAUUUGAAAGGCUUUUUGUUAUUGCUAUACAAAAAAAAAAGUUGUUGAAAACUAGUCACUAGAAUGCAAUUUGACAAUUGAUUCAUAGUAUCAACUUUUUUUUUCACAAAUAAAUGAGCUGAAAUUGUUCAUAAUUUCUCCUUAAGAAGUUAAUUUUUGACCUUUUUUUAAGCUGGUACGUAAUUUACCUUGUGAAACUUAGAAGCUUUAUACUCAGUAAACCUAUCUUAAGCAAGUAAUUCUGUUUGUUGAAGAGUUGUCAGUUAGCAAAGUUUUAUUUUUUAACCGAUGGAAAGAGUUGUAUUUUAAAUUUUUCGGGAGGUGAUGAAAUGUAUAUUUUACAAGUGAAAAUUGUAUAUUUUAUUUAAAAGUUACCUCAUCUUAGUCCUCAAAAUUUUUUCUUUGUUUUUCAUCACUCAACAUUUACCAUAUAUCAGACCGUAAGUUUGUUUUGUGAUUUUUCAUCCUUUGUUAUUGCUUCCCUAAGUUUCACCUAUUCUUUCUUUUUAGUUUUUUUUAAAUGUUAAUUUCCUUUUUUAUAUUUGAUUUGUUAAUUUUUGACUUAAGUAUUUCAUACAUCCGAAGCCACUCUAAAGUUCCAGUUAUGCUUACUCUUCCUCUCGUUCAUAGAAUUAUUUUUACACAUUAAAAAUGUGUUUGGUACUGCGCCUGUUCUGCAUUUAUGUGUUUUCGUUAAAGUUGUCAUUUAAAGUGUAUUUAUCUCUGAAUUUAUAAUCUGGAAGACAAAAGUUCCGAGAACAAAAAAUUCAGGCAAAACGUACCAUCUUCUUCAUUGGCUCUGAUCUAGAAAGAAUUGUGUGGUACUUAUAAAUUACGUAAUCCUUGUAUUUUUUUAUUGUACCACAUUUGCAUUAAUAUUUGAAAUUGUAACAUUCUUCAUAUUUUGCCUUUUAAAAUAAAUACCGCUUUUAAGUUUCA